UUAGUCUCAUUUCCUGAUUUUACAGCUUCACCUGCAGUGCUGUCUGAGCUGGUGGGGCAGGCAGGAAUGCAGCAGGCAGGACUCACUCUCAUGGCCUUGGCUGCCUGUGUGGCACUUCGCACCUCGGAAGCUAUACUUCCCAUUGCCUCCAGCUGUUGCACCGAGGUUUCACACCAUAUUUCCAGAAGGCUUCUGGAAAGAGUGACUACAUGUCGCAUUCAGAGAGCUGAUGGGGAUUGUGACCUGGCUGCUGUGAUCCUUCAUGUCAAGCACAGAAGAAUCUGUGUCAGCCCGCACAGUCGUAUUAUUAAGCGGUGGAUGAAACAACAAGCGGCCAAGAAAAAUGCAAAAGGCAACAUUUGUCAUAAGAAGAAACACCAUGGCAAGAGGAACAGUAAAGGGACACAUAAGGGGGGCCAUAAAAUACAUGGCCAUAAAACUCCUUAUUAGAGAAUGUACAAAUGAACCUAUAAAGAUGAUUCCUGAAGUGAACCUGGCCAUGGUUGGUUAUAAAUUUAUUAUGUGAAUGUUCCUCCUUGGGAGUUAAGAGGGCAAAAUGAAAUAAUAUUUUUUAAAAGGAACAAUUAUACAGUAUGCAAAUAUAGCCAAUAACAUACUCAACUGAAAAAUGAAAUGACAAGAUAAUACUUAUCUUCAUAUAAUAUUGCAAGAGCAGUAUAUAGAUACAAUUUCUUCAACUUUUUUAUUAUGUUUUCCAAACCUACAGAGAAGUUGAAAGAAUGGUACCAUGAAUGCCUGUAUACCUGUCACACAGAUUAAUCAUUGUUAAAGUUUUGCCACAUUCACUUUCUCCCUCUCUUCUCUCUUUGCAUGUAUAUAUAAAACAUUAGAUCAAUCUAUCAUCUAUCUAUCUAUCUGUCUAUCUUUGCUAAACCAUUUGAAAAUAAGUUGCAAACAUCAUGAUACUUCACUCCUAAAUUUUGUUUUACUGUUACAUCUUGGCAUCCCUCAAGAAUAAAAACAUUAUCUAUAUAAUCACAUUAUCAACUUUAUACCUAAAGAAUUUCAUAUUUCCCCUAUUUCCAGAGUAUUUAAUAUAGUUCUUUUUCAAUCAAUCCAGGUUUAUAUAUUGCAAUUAAUUGUUACAUUUCUUUAGUAUAUUUUAAUCUAAGAAAGUCCUGAUUUUUUUCUUUUUCUUUCUUCCCAUGGCAUAGACUUUUUAAAAAUAGAAUCUAAGGAG